AUGGCAGAGUCCCGGCAGCCCCGACUGACUCCCCAGCAUCCCCGGGGACCAGGAUCCCCACCAGCUGCUCGUACAGCUCUCCCCUCGCCGCCGUCGGGGCACGGUGGGGCCCGUGAGGAUUCCAGGGCUCGGGACCCCCCUGCCACCCGCCCCUUGCGCUCCCUCCCGGUCCCCGCCCUCCCCCGCUCGGCCCCCGCCGUGCGACCGCCGCUCUCCCGCAGGGCUGGCACCGGUCAAUGUUUAACCGGAGCGGUGGUACCGGUUGUGCGGGGCAGCCGGGGCCGGCUGAGGGUGGCUCCCGCCGAGACCGGCCGGGCGCUGCGGGCACCCCGAGCACCGGGUGUUGGGGGGCGCAUGGAGCCCGAGGGGGAGCGCGGCGGGGAACCCCAGCCGGACUCCCGGCCCAGAACGCUCCCACGGGGCCGGGAGAGACCGCAGCGGGGGUGGCAUCCCAAAAAGGCUGCGGGGGGACAGGACCGUCCUUCUGGCGACGUGGCGGGGACAGUGAGCUCUGUCUCCUGCUCAGGGCACAGUGGGGGUGGGAGGACGGUGAGAGCACAGCAUGACCGGGGGUCCCUCUACCCCAGCCUCCGGGGUGCCCGGGCACAACCCCCCAUCUGGGGGGCACCCACCACCCUGCUGCCCUCUGUUCCCCAAAGGAGUCCUGGAGAGGAGCAGGGGAGGCCCGUGGAGGGCAAAGAGACGCGUCUGAGGGUGGUGCUAAGGGUCCGGCCACUGACCUGCACGGAGACGCGGCGAGGUGACCAGCAAGUUGUGCACAGCCUCGGGGACGGCUCCGUGCACGUAAGCGCGGCCAGGCACGAUGCCACCUUUGGCUUCAGCGCCGUGUUCGACGCCGGCGCCUCGCAGGAGGCUGUGUUCGAAGGCAGCGGGAUGAGGCAGCUGGUGGAGCUGGCCAUGGACGGCUUCUCCUGCACCGUCUUUGCCUUCGGGCAGACCGGCUCGGGGAAGACCUACACCCUGAUGGGACCCCUCGCCCAGAGCGACACCCAGCCGGCGUCCCCGGCCCUGCUGGGGCUGAUGCAGAGGUCCUUCACCUGCCUCCUGGAGCAGAGCCGGAGCCGUGGCUCUGACCUUGCUCUCAGCGCUUCCUACCUGGAGAUCUACAACGAACAGGUAAGUGCCUGCCCAGCCCCCACUCCGGCCCUGCUGGCACCCUGUGCCCCGCUGCUCCGGUGCCUUCCCCCUGCCAUGUGCCAGGUCCGGGACCUGCUGAGCCCGGGACCACCGUGCGCCCUGCCCCUGCGCUGGAGCAAAACCCGCGGCUUCUACGUGGAGAACCAGCUCAGUGUGGAAUUCGAGAGCCUGGAGGCCAUCGUCAGCCUGCUCCUGCAAGGAUCCCAGAGGCGCCGGACCUCGGCACAUGCCCUCAACAGGCACUCGAGCCGCAGCCACGCCCUGCUGACCGUCCACGUCCGCAGCCCAGCCGCCAGAGCGUGCCCCAGCAAGCAGGGCACUCUGUGCUUCGUGGACCUGGCGGGCAGUGAGCGGGUGAAGGAGACCGGCUCCAGCGGGGAGCUCUCGGUGGAGGCCAACAGCAUCAACCGCAGCCUCCUGGCACUGGGACACUGCAUCUCCCUGCUGGCCAAACCCCGAGGGAAGCGAACGCACAUCCCCUACCGGGACAGCAAGCUCACCCGGCUGCUGGCUCGCUCGCUGGGCGGCUCGGGCAUCACCCUGAUGGUUGCCUGCAUCUCCCCGUCCUCACGCUGCCUCUCAGAGACUCUGAGCACGCUGCACUACGCCAGCCGUGCCCGGAAGGUCACCACCAGACCCCUGGCCAACAGGGUGUCCCGGGAGAAGCUGCUGCAAACCUUGGAGCGAGAAAUCCACGCCUUGCAGCUGGAAAACCUCUCCCUGCGCCAGCAGCUGUGCCUGCCCAGAGUGCCAGUGAGGAGCACGGAGGUCGCAGGGAACCCUCCCAAAGCAUGGGUGGGCUCUGGAGACAGGUAUGGACCACCAGAGGGAACCCCAGCCUGGCCCAGUCUCUACGGUCUCCUGCGGGACUUUGUGGUGGAGAACGAGCAGAUGAGGCAGCCCCAUCUGCGCCCACACCACAGCGGUGACAUCCCGGCUGGCCCAUCCCACAGAGCCACCCGCAGCUCCUGUGACAGCCAGCCCCUGCUCCGGAGUGCCCACACCCUGCACGUCCCCCACGGGCACUCGGUGAGGCACCAGCGGCCCGACACCACACCCAGCUCUGUCCCCCGGCUGCCGAAGCUCCCUCCUGCCUCCAGCCACCCCAGCUGCCCAGGGUGCCCACAAUGCUGCCCUGGGCCAGCUGAUGCCACCAUGUUCCAGGUGCUGCCAGUGCCUGCCGUGCCACAGCCAGUCCCCCCUGAGGGGAAUGCUGGUCUUCUGCCACCUGGACAGGAGGACAUGGCUGUGCCUGGCUCCCAUCACCCCCACGGGCACCCCCAGCUGCACCAGAGGAAGCGGAGUCGUGGCAGGAGCAGGAGCUUGUCUCAGCAGCACGCGCUGCACCGGGAGCUGCCAGGCCCUGAGCACGUCCCCAGCUCUGAGGGAAGGGUCAUCCCUUCAGCACCGCCCUGGCCAGGGCUGCCAGAGCCCAGAGCUGCUGGCACCGUCCCUCUCCUCCAGUGGGAAGAGGCACUGGACUGGCUGGCAGAGCAGAUCUGAGCUGCCACAGGCACAGCAUGGAUGGGGCCAGCGUCAGGGAUCUGGCACAGACCAGGGG